CUUUAGCCGGGAGAGGAAAGCUCUUUUUCGGUCAGAUGGCGUGCCGCAGUCCGCCCCCACAUUUCUCUCGCCCACACCAGCAGCAAAAAGACUCUCAUUAACAACCCAGAUCCUGCCAGCAAAAAGCAGCCAGGCAGGGACUCGGACGCUCCGAGACGAGCACUCCUCAUUCUCAUUGUUUACCUUAAAGUGGAUUUCUAUAAAUAUAAAUAUGCUCGACUAGCGCUAGAUAGUGCACAUGAUUCCGGAGAACUGAUUCUACACUUGAUUGCGGAGAAUUAAGGCAGACUGCGCGUGUAUCGAGGCGAGACUUGGUCUGGACGCAGACAUGAAGCGUCGCGGUUUUAUUCUGUAAGCACACAGACAGCCCCAGCCUGCUGAGAGAGGAACAAAUCACCACCAGAGAAAGAAACUAAAAACAGGGCGAGGAGAGGAGAGGAGAGGAGAGAAGAGGAGAGAGGAGAGGAGAGGAGAGGGAGGAAAAAAAAAUAAAUCCAGUUUCCAGAUCCCAGGGUUCGCCUGAUCCGAAUCCUGAGUCGGUUCUUUUGGUUGUACCAUAGCAGCAGGAGGAUGUCGGUGCCGCGGACGCUGGGUGAGCUGCAGCUGUACCGUGUGCUGCAGAGGGCCAACCUGCUCAUGUACUACGACACCUUCAUCCAGCAGGGCGGCGACGAUGUGCAGCAGCUGUGUGAGGCCGGAGAAGAGGAAUUCCUCGAGAUCAUGGCUCUGGUCGGGAUGGCCACGAAGCCCCUGCACGUGCGCCGCUUGCAGAAAGCCCUGCGCGACUGGGCCGCUAAUCCCGCCGUCUUCAACCAACCCCUGACCACGGCCAUGGGAGGAAUCCCGCUUUUUAAAAUCGAUAGCACCAUGGGCCCGAGGAAAUCCUUAAGCAACGGGCAGCCAGCGUCCCCAUGCGACAGGGAAGAUCAGGGAGCUUGUCUGACUCCGCUCCGAGAUAACGGCAGUCCGAGGAGCCCGUGCUCCCAGGCAUCGCCGCUUCCUCCAGAUCAUCAUCUUUACAGGGACAAACUGUCCCCCAUGGAGCCUCACUGGCUCAGUCCGGAAUUAGACGGGAACGGAGCAGAGGAAGACCAGCCCAGUCCGCCUUUGCCUCUUUUGGUCCACUCCAGGAACACAGGUCCCUCGACGCCUCCCACAUCUUCCUCCUCGUCCUCCUCCCCUUGGCCUGGAGGACAGCUGGAUGCAGACACGGUGAAGGCGGUAGGGGAAAGCGUGGAGCGUCUGUUCAGGACGGUGCCGCACACAGACCCGGCCGAGGUGAAGAGUCUCCUCAGGCUGAAUAAGAAGAUGGCCAAGACGGUGGGUCACAUUUUCAACAUGGAGCCACACGACAAGAGCAAAGAGGAGGAGAUCCGCAAAUACAGCCUCAUCUACGGCCGCUUCGACUCCAAGAGGAGGGAGGGCAAGCAGCUGACACACCACGAGAUGAUCAUCAACGAAGCGGCGGCGCAGUUCUGCAUACGCGACAACGCGCUGUUAUUGAGACGGGUGGAGCUUUUCUCACUGGCGCGUCAGGUGGCGAGGGAAUGUGCCUACACCUCCACGCUGAAACACAGCAGGACCAGCUCUGAGGACUGUACCAAUUCCUUUAUGGACAACAGCGUUCCGAAAAGAAUCAAACUCGAGGUCACAGAUUCAGACAGUAUCAACCUGGUACGUGGAUCGAAAAGCGCUGACGCGGCGAUUCACGGCAGCCUCAGGUCGGCGGCAGACGACGACAGCCUGUCAGGAGAAAGUCUGGACAGUUUAUCUCACGAUGUAGGGCCUCACUCUCUCCCCUCGUCAUCCCCCCGUCCCCUCGCCGACACCAUCGGCCCCGUCACCUGGAGUCGCCAGCUCAUGCAGCAAACGCUCAUGGACGAGGGCCUGCGAUUGGCUAGAAUGGUGUCACGUGACCACACGGCCAAGGUCAGCCUAGGGUCAGAGAAGAGACAGACUUCAGAGCCGGAGGGCCGAGCAUCAGACAGACGAGGCUUAAACGCGUCCCACCAGAGCAGCAGCCCUGCCAGCACCAAAGACGACCCUUAAAGGGACACCAGCAGGAGCCAGAAGUUGCCUUGCUGCUCAACUCAGGUCUCAUACGACUCGAACCCUCCGGAGAUUUUCACACCUGCUUUCCCAAAACUGUCUCAUGUAGUUAGCACCUCACAGGUCCAGUGUUAGACUGUUCUUCUAUUGUGAGUCAGUGGCUGGAUGAAGAUGUGUGUUGUAGAUCAGAUUUGGUUGGGAAUGGUCCGAGUUCAGUACAGUUCAGUGAAUUCCCAGGUCACUGAGGGGGAGUGUCUCAAUACAGGAUUAAUGAUCUGAUGUAUGAUAGACACAUUUAAUCAUUUAAUCACAUUUCCAUCGUUACAUACAAUACAACUUAGAGCUGUUCUGCUGCAAUACAAUGCACUGCAAUACAGUAAUUAUGUAAAGCAGCACAAACACACACACACACACACACACACAAAUUAAUACUAAUGAAAUAAUGCAGCAAUACAUUUGACUGCUCUUAGGCACAGAGGCCACACCGAUUUUUACUGGUCAAGCCUCCUGCUUUUAGACUAAAAAGCACAGAGGCCACGCCUCCUUUCAUUGGACUGACAGGCACAGAGGCCACGCCUCCUUUCAUUGGACUGACUGGCACAGAGGCCACGCCUCCUUUCAUUGGACUGACUGGCACAGAGGCCACGCCUCCUUUCAUCAAUCUUACAGACACAGAGGCCACGCCUCCUUUCAUUGGACUGACAGGCAAAGGGGCCACGCCUCCUUUCACUGGACUGACAGGCAAAGGGGCCACGCCUCCUUUCACUGGACUGACUGGCACAGAGGCCACACUUCCAUCACUGGGACUAAACAAAGGCCACGCCUCUUUUACUGAGCCUGGCAGGCUCAGAGGCCACGCCUCCUUGAUUAGGAUUGAAAUAAGCGAAGGCCACGCCUCUUACUUGGAGUGACACUUCUCUUCUAACAUUCAGUUCAGUUAAAUUUUAUUUGUAUAGUGCUUUUAACCAUGAACAUUGUCACAAAGCAGCUUUACAGAAAUCCAGGGGAUAAAAUUUCAAUUUAUCCCUAAUAGGCUAAUAGGCUAAUAGGCACAGAGGCCACGCCCCCUUCUUUGGUACUGACAGGCCCAGAUCAUGAAAAUCACUUUCUUCUCUGAACCCACACGCUAUACACUGUAUAGUGCAUUAGGGAGGUUGCUCAUUUUGUCAUCAUGUCUGAAAGCAUAAGAGAGAAUAUCCAGAAAUCCCACAGUGCACUAGGUUAGUGUCUAAAUGAUGUACCCUAUCUGGUACAGAUUACCCAUAAUGCACUUUGCACCAGACUGUGCUGAACUCUGGACAUAAAAGAAGAGGAAGGAGAUUUACAUUUCUUGUAAAUACCUAGCGUACUUUCGUUGCUGUUACGUCAGUAACGCAGCCGUAACUGUAGGUUUGUUUCUGUCUCCUGAUUAACAGCAUGUAACUUUAGUUUAAAGACACGAUGCAGUGAUAAACGUACUGAUGCGCUGAUUCUCUGCUGAAUCACUCGGAGUGUAAAAUUAGAUCGUAAAGUUUUCAAAAGAAUCCAGUUUUUAAUUGUGGUUUAAUGAUAAAAUGGUUUAAAAUGAUUUUAACACUAAUAUACUAAACUUAUACAGAAUAUACACGUAUGAGCUGUAGUAAAAGUAUGGGAUAUUAGUUUGUGUUAUUUUUCAAAAUUUUAAAGGUAGAAAGCAAUCUAGAUUUAAAUCCCUAUUUGUCAUAAGGACAGGAUCAUCCAGUAGGUUGUAUGUGUUAUGGCAUCUCAUAGUAGAAAUCAUUGUUGUCUUACCGGCAUCAGAUAAUUUAUUUUUUAAUAUUCUCAAUAAAUGGUAUUUUAUUGUUUA